GCACGCGCAUGAUUUGUGUUGUUGUUGGUGGCGGUAAGAUGGCGGCGCUCGGGGACGCAUCAACUCCGGGGGUGAAUGGGUUAAUUCAACAGUUCACAUCUAUUACAGGUGCCACAGAGAGUGUGGGGAAGCAUAUGCUAGAAGCAUGCAACAACAAUCUAGAAAUGGCAGUGACCAUGUUCCUGGACGGAGGGGGGAUCACAGAGGAGCCCAGCACCAGCUCCAGUUCAGCAGGGGCCUCCAGCAGUAAAGCCCCCGCAGAUGACGAAGUGCGGGCGCCUAUCCCACAGAAGCAGGACAUACUGGUGGAACCAGAGCCUAUGUUUGGAGCGCCAAAGCGACGAAGACCUGCCCGCUCCAUAUUUGACGGUUUUAGGGACUUCCAAACAGAAACCAUCCGCCAGGAACAGGAGCUGAGGAACGGCAGUGCGGCGGACAAAAAGCUCAGCACCCUGGCGGAUCUGUUCCGGCCCCCCGUCGAGCUCAUGCACAAAGGCAGCUUUGAGACGGCGAAGGACUGUGGUCAGCUGGAGAGCAAGUGGCUGAUGAUCAACAUCCAGAAUGUGCAGGACUUUGCCUGCCAGUGUCUCAACAGAGACGUGUGGAGCAACGACGCGGUCCGGACCAUCAUCAGGGAGCACUUCAUAUUCUGGCAGGUUUACCAUGACAGUGAAGAGGGACAGAGGUAUAUCCAGUUCUACAAGCUAAACAAGUUUCCCUAUAUCUCCAUUUUGGACCCCCGCACAGGUCAGAAGAUGGUGGAGUGGAACCAGUUGGACGUGGCUUCAUUUCUUGAACAGGUGACGGGCUUCCUGACGGAACAUGGCCAGCUAGACGGCCCGGCGUCCAGCCACCCGCCCCCUGCCAAACGUGCCCGCUCCGAGAGUCUGAUAGACGCCAGUGAGGACAGCCAGUUGGAGGCAGCCAUCCGAGCCUCUCUCCAGGAGACCCACUAUGAGUCCUCCUCCGCCCCCGAGCUCCCUGACUCCCCCCAUUCUGCAGAUGCAGACUCGGACGGAGACUCGGAAGCGGAGCCCUUCUCUGACAGCGAGGGCCUAAUCUCUGUCGACGGCUCGGACAACGAGACAACAGAACCCAGGGAGGGUAGUUCCUACUCCACGGGCGGACACACCCCUCCGGGUCCAGCCCCUCCCACAUCUGCAGCCGCAGCCCCCCAGCCCCCGCCACAGCCGGACAGUCCCCCCGCCCAUCACAGGAAGUCCCCCCACAAAGAGAACAGCCACAGGAAAGAGGAGAGCAAAAAGAACCACCUGGAGCCUCCGGCGGCCGCCAUGGCCCGCUCCCAAGCCGACCCAGACUCAGAGCAUCGUUCUGGGGAGAACCAUCGCACCUCAGCGGGCCAAAGCUCCAGAUCUGUUAAGACGGCAACCUCUGACCUCGACUGCCUUGAUGACAAUGGUCCCAAGGCCAGACUGAUGCUGCGCUACCCAGACGGACAGAGAGAGCAGAUUGCCCUAUCGUUCAAGGCUAAGCUUAUGGCUCUGGUGAGACACGUCCAGUCGAAGGGUUACCCCAAUGAACGCUUUGAGCUCGUCACAAACUUCCCCCGGCGGAAGCUGGCCCACUUGGACUAUGAAAUCACACUUCAGGAGGCGGGGCUGUGUCCACAGGAGACUGUAUUUGUGCAGGAGAGGAACUAAGCCCCGUCUUUUCUAUCUCUUCAGACCACGCCCAUAUCACCAAUGACCCAGGAGGACGUUACAGGCCGCGACCCCUGACCUUUUGUUCUUUUGGAAUUACACCAUACCCCUGUUCCGGGACACCGAACAGUGGAUGGACUCAAUUACCCAUCAUUCCACUGGGAGGAAGUUGCUGGCCUGUGUACUUUGUUAGAGGGCAUUGUUGUUCAUCAUCAAUUACCGAAGGCAUUCUAUUCUGAUUUUAGUUUUAUUCUGAGGUAAUAAACCAAUCGGAGUAGAAUACAUUAGAGAUACAGUUAGAAAUAAGCUGAGGGCCCGAAUAAUAAGCAGAGCUGGCAUCAGAGUUGGCUCAGGAAGACUUAGCAGACAAAAUACUUUUAUCCCCCCGAGUUGGUAAUACUUCUUUUUUUGAGUCAUGGACACCUACAGCCGGGUAAAGGAGGGGCUUGAACUCUGACCCUGAGCUCAGAUGGGUCCCAAAUUUGCUCUUCUACGUGUUGAUUGGGCGAGGAGGUGUUGCAGCAGUGACCGUGAGAAAGUGGGUGAUUUUGAAUAUGGGAAUUGAUGUAGAGGGGAGGAGGGUCGUUCAAGGGAUUUUGGGGGAGGGGGAUGAGGUGUCCUUAACUGUCAACCUGCACUGUACAGGGGUGGUGUAGCAAUUGACAUUUAGUCUAGUUUUUUUCUUAUUUCAUUAAUUUUUUUAUAUGCUGCCACAUUUCCAAGAAAAGAUGCUGAUGCUUAAAUAUAAUCAUCAAAACAAAGGGAA